AUGCCCACGUCCCCUCCUUCCGAGAGGGAGGCCAUGUUCUACUACCUUCGUCUGCCCUCUGCCCCGCGCCUGGUUGCUCGCACUGGCACCACUCUCUGGAAGGAGCCCACUGGCCGAUGGGCGUCCUACAAUGACAAGGACCUCCGCGUUGUCGGCAACCACCCGAUCAAGGACGUCUGGGAAGACAAUCUGGCUCUCAAGGUCAUGGACCUUCUGGACUCGAUGAAGGUGAAGUGGACUAGCCUUGACGUCGUCCGCAUCGGGAUAGUUGAAGAGGAUUUCGCCCCUGUUAUCCUAUGGAUCGGCGUGAUCCCCACAUCUCUCUCUGGCGAAGAAGGCGUCAUCGCGGCCUACAAGUGCCACGAGCUUCUUGUGGAGUGCAAUAUCACCGACGUCGACGUGCAGAUCCGUGAGUCGGUCGUUACCCGCUCGGGGGGUCCCAAGCUCCUCAAGCCCGCGCGCUAUUCUUGGAAACCCACCGUAGCUGUCCGCGAACCUCUUACCACCAUGCUCGGUCUCCCCAUCUGUGCUGAGUCUAUGCCUUGGUGUGAGGGUACCGGCGGCUUCUUCAUUACAGAGGGCGGGAAUACCGAGAGACUUCUCCUCGUCACCGCUCGCCACGUCAUCUUCACGCCGGACAUGGACGAGAACAAGCACCUUGAGCGUACGGACGACAGAGAGCCCGGUUAUAACGUUAUGCUCUUCGGCGAUACUGCGUUCAACAAGUACCUCGAAGUCAUCAAGAACGAGAUCAGGGGCCAGGAAUCUAACGCCGAUUAUUAUGAUCAAUGUAUUGCGGAGCUUGAGGGGAGGGAUGACCCAGAAGCAAGCAAGGAGCGCCAGCGUGCCCAGGACAGGUUGCUUGCGGCAAAGGAGGCAAUGGAAGCACUCAACCCCUUUUACCAGAACGUUGCGACUCAGUGGGCCACCCCGGAUAGCCGUAUUCUGGGGCAGGUCAUCCUCUCUCCUCCCAUCAACGCUGGCGAGGGUUAUACCGAGGACUGGGCCGUCAUCGAGAUUGACACCUCCAAGAUCGACGCGAGCAACUUUGAAGGCAAUGCGAUCGACCUCGGUACCCGCAUCUCAAUCUACGACCUCAUCCGUAUGAUGAACCCCAAGCCCCCGCAUGACCAUCCCUUCGAAUAUCCAUUUGACCGACUUCUGCGGCUCGAGGGCACGAUUCCGGACGAGGAGAUGCGGCACCCGACUGUGCUCGACAAGAACAAUGAGCCGUGCCUUAUGGUGCUCAAGCGCGGCAACACCACCGGCCUGACUGUCGGCCGUGCCAACAACGUUUUCUCCUACGCCCGUAACGACUACCACAACGAUGAAAAAGCCGAGACAUCCAAGGAAUGGGCGAUCCUCCCAUUCGACUCCAAGUCGCACGCGUUCUCGGAGACGGGCGACUCGGGAUCUGUCAUCGUCGACGGCCUUGGACGCAUCGGCGGCCUCCUCACUGGUGGUAGUAGUGCCAAGCCUUCCGAGGACAUCAACAUCACGUAUGCCAUACCCAUCAGCUUCCUCCUCAAGCGGAUGCAAGAAAACGGGCUCCGCGAGCUCAACUUCAACCCGGUCCUCACCACCCAGACACGUUCAUCAGAUUAA